CGUGUAUCCUGUAGCUACGCACCUACCUAGAUUGAAGUAUUAAGGCGCUUACCUAGACCAUUAACCUCAUAAAACAUCACACUUACUUCACAAGCUUCUAUCUCAGUCAUUCAAUUGAAAAUAACGGAAGAUACACGAGUUACCUCGAUAUUAUCCCCUUGGUCCUCUAUAUAACAUAAAUAUCCCAUGUACUCUUCGACUAGUUUUCAGGGCGCUUUGCUCAUCGCGGCAAUCGAAGCAAUUUACGUUGUCAAAUUUCUAUCCGAUGUCCCGAUAUCAUCUUCCUCCAGUGACCACCCAACCUACAGGGUCUCAUUUGUGAUAGGAUCAGCAUUAGCUAUAAAUUGUGGUUUGAUCCUGGUAUACAUCACACUCAUAUACUCCAGAUUCAUCAGCCCAUUACGGGGAAUCUCUGGGCCUAGGUGGUGGGCGUUUCGAAUCGCGUUGAACUAUCUAAGAAGGAGAGCACAGGGCGAAUUGUUACUACAAGCAGCCCAGGAAACUCCUAAUGACGGCAUCGUGGCGCUCAGAGGGUUAAGUGGGACAAGGCUUCUAGUAACCAAGCCUCAAAUCCUCGUUGACUUGUUAGUGCAUCGCAAUGACGAGUUUACGAAGCCUAAAAAUCUGCAACGCGUCCUCCGACGGGUAGUUGGGGACGGCCUGGUUAUUGCGGAGGGUGACCAACAUAGGUUAAUGAGAAAAAAGACUGGGCCAGCAUUCACCUCACAGCGGAUCAAAGGCUUAUAUCCCAUGAUGUGGAAGAACUCGCUCACAUUCACUAGUGUGCUAGAGGCUAAUAUCCGAGAUUCGAAUCCAGAUGCAGAGCCUUCCAAAUCCCCUUCUACAGGAACGGUGGAGAUCACGCAUUGGACAAGUAUGGCGACCUUGAACAUAAUCCUAGAAGCGGUUCUCGGUCACGACUUCGAUAUUUUCGGAAAUUCCGAAAACCCUCUGGUUAAAGCUUAUAACGUCAUAAUAGAACCGAGCAAAGAAAUGCUUGCAUACAUAUUCAUGUCAACAUGGUUCUCUCAUCGCCUAACUAAAAUAAUCAUGUAUAAUGCGAACGAGGCUUUUGAAAACGCAACCGCGACACUGAAGGAAAUAUGCCUCCAAUUGACUAGGGAUCGACGAGAGGCGAUUGGAAAGGGCCUCGAAAGUGUCGACAUAUUGUCUCAACUCAUCAACUCAAACUCAUUCUCCGACGAUGAGCUUGCCUCUCAAUUACUUACUUUACUCACAGCUGGGCACGACACAACAGCCCAUGCCCUCUCGUGGGCGUGUUAUCUUCUCGCACUUGACUCAUCCCACCAAAACGCUCUCCGUAGUGAAGUAAGGCGCCAUCUUCCAUCAACUAUUCUUAAUAAUUUUGCUUCGCCAACAUCAUCAGUCGAGUCUGAGCCUAGCCCAGAUGUGGCUUAUGCUAUAAUGGAGCGCCUACCUCUCCUAAAUGGCGUGAUCGCAGAGACAUUUCGGCUGUAUCCAACGGUCCCAGCAACUAUUCGUGCUCCCACGGACGAUACUUCGCUCGCUGGAAUUCAGAUACCCAAGGACAGUGAAAUAGUCGUGUCUCCGUGGGUUAUCAACCGAUCAUGCGAGCUUUGGGGACCCGACGCUAGCGUUUUCCGACCGGAGCGCUGGAUCACCCCUGCUACGUCGUCGGACGACCCAGACCAAGCAUCAGAAGAUCAGUUUGGCGGGAAGUUGAAUAACACAGGUAGUGCUAAAAGUAACUACGAUUUUAUGACAUUUCUCCAUGGUCCGCAUAGUUGUAUUGGUGCCAACUUUGCAAGAGCUUCGCUUCGAUGCCUCUUGGUUACUAUGGUAUUACAGUAUGAAUGGACCUUGGAUAUGAACGUAGAUGACGUUUUUCCCGGGGGUGCUAUUAGCAUCAAGCCGCAGAAUGGGUUAUUCCUGAAAUUAAAAAUUAUUAGGGGGUAAUUGUGUACCUACCAGAUAGGUACAGGCACCUAACUUGCAACGCCAGUAGGCACCGGGCACUGGCUACGAGAAAUCUCGCCUUGUUCCAUACAAAACGGGCGGGAAAAAAUGCGCCUCAGCCGAUAAAUAGUGCGAUAUCUUAUAU